AUGAGCCAGGAUGCCCCCACCAGCACCGUGGACGGGGACGUGGGAGGGGGACCCGAGGACUUGCUCAAGUCUAGAUGGGCAGAAACCGAAGCAAAUAUCGCAAAGCUCUUUGGAACCGAUGGGCAGACACGGCGCACAUCGCAGAAACCCACCACCGCCUCUGAAGCCGCCGCUACAACCACCACCUCCGCGCCUGAUAAUGCCAAGACCCCGGCUCCACCCAAACGCUCCGCCCGCCACAUAGACGAUGACUACGGGGACGACGAUGACGAAGAUGAAGAAGACUCGCCGAAAGAGAGCCCACUCCGGAAGAAGGCGAAGAUCGCGCUACCGAAUGGCAUCCACCCCCUCGCCGCCCGUUCCCCGUUGCCUGCGGGGAGGGCUCUACCGCGCGCCGCUCCAACAUCGACACCAUCGGAGCCCGCAAAGAGCUCGGAGGAUGUGCGCAAGCAGCUGGAGGAGGACAAGAGGACGGCGGAAGAGGCAGCGACCAAGAGCUUCCAGUCUAUGUACUACACCUUCGAGCAUGACAAGGACGCGAUGGUGGAGCAGCAGAAGUUGGAUGAGCUGGAUCGCGAAGUAGAGAACGAGUUAUCAGGAGGUGCAACCGAUGCGCCGAAUGCACAACAAGGCGCAGGUGCUGGUCCAGCGGCUGCUUCUACACAAGGGACGCUGGGCAGCGCGGACCUAGGCGCAUCCAGUCUGACGCUCAAGCACCUCAUUGCGCGAAUAGACAUGAAACGGGACAUGGUGCGCGCCUCCGACAACCAACUCCGGACGCUCAUAUCAGAGGUUAGGAAAGGACGAAGCAAAUGGGCGUCCGAGGACAAGGUUGGACAGGAAGAGCUGUACGAAGCGGCGGAGAAGGUCCUCAUGGAGCUGAAGGCGCAGACGGACUAUGCGCAGCCUUUUCUGCAGCGCGUCAGCAAGCGCGAGGCACCGGAUUAUUUCAACGUGAUCAAGCAUCCAAUGGAUAUUGGCACGAUGCUGAAGAAGCUGAAGCAGCUGGGCUACCGGAGCAAGAGAGAUUUCGUCGACGAUCUCAAUCUCAUCUGGGCGAACUGCCUGAAAUACAACCAAGACCCGCAACAUCCGCUCCGGAAGAAGGCGUUGUACAUGCGAAAGGAGACCGACAAAUUAACACCUCUCAUCCCGGAUAUUCUGGUUCGAGAUCGCGCGGAAGUGGAAGCGGAAGAGAGACGCUUGCACUCCAUAGAUGCCGACGAAAGCGACGAGGAUGAUGCGCCGAUCAUGGCUUCGCGAGGUCGCAAAGCUCCGAAGAAGGGUGGGAGCAAGGGUGGGCCAACAUCGACCAAGCGAGCACCCACAGUCGCAGUUGAAGAAGCUGGGUCGGCCACUCCAGCGCCGGAUAUGAAGCCGCCCUUACCGCUAUCAGCCACCAACCUGCGCACAGAGACUCUGCGAGCGGAGUCGGAAGUGCAAGAUGCGAGCUCGGCUGGCUUCAGCACGCCACCUCCGGGCAACGCGACACCACUUGGUGUGAAUGGCGUUAAUGGGAGCGGUGCGCCAGGCAGCCAAGCAGAUGUGACAGAGGUUGACGGGCUGGGCAACUCCGUCGUUGGCUCGACACCUGAAGACGAGGAUGAAGAAGACACAGAGUUCAAGACCUGGAAACAAGUCACGAAACGAGAUCGAGCGCAAGCCGCCGCUGACAGACAUCGGCUUUUUCGUGGCGAGCAGCUCAAGAACCUUAACCCUGAGGAACCCGCACUCAUACGCACAAAAGCGAUGAUGCGGAGAUGGACGCGGCAACAGAUGGCGGCGUCUGGAAAACCAUCUGGUCAGGCCGAGGCCGGUGAGAGUGCAGAAGAGCCAGAGCAACCGGCGCAAGGCGAGUCGCUGGCAGAAGGUAUUGAGAAAGACCAAGACUCAACUCUGCCGGACUACUACAGCUCUCUGUCCGCCAUUCCCGAGCUGGACGAGCGGUUCAGGUGGACGACCGACUCCGAAGGCGCUGUCGUGCCGCAGACUGAGGAGUGGAUGCGCAUGUAUCCGAAAGAGCAGUUCAAGUCGGCGGAUGGUGCCCUGAAUCGCAAGAUCGAGGACAAUAUGCGGCAGAUGCAGGACACGAGGAAGAUCUGUGCCAAGAUCGGCGUUGUGAAGCAGAUGCAGAUUCAGGCGCAGACCUACCAGAACCAGUUCACCAAGUACGAAGUGCAGCCUUUCAUCGAACAAGACGUUGGUGCUGUAGUGGUAUCGGAGGAUGGCCCACUCAUGGCUCCCUGGGUCAGCCGAGCGGCUCUUCAACGCUCAGUGGGCAAGAUUUUCUACCACGCCGGCUUUGAGGACUUUCAGCCCUCCGCGCUCGAAAUGAUCACCGAUCUGGCUGGUGAGUAUUUCGGCAAGCUGGUGGAUGCUUUCAAGAGCUUCCGCGAGCAGCCAAAGGCUGAGCCAGAGACGUCACGGUACUCGUAUGAGGAGCAAGUCCUGCAUUCCCUGCACGAGCACGGUCUGGAUCUCGAGGCGCUGGAGACGUAUGUCAAGGACGACGUUGAGCGCUUAUCCACGAAGUUGGGCGUGGUGCAUGACCGGAUGCGGUCGCACCUUGCUGAUCUACUCCGCCCCGCGCUCGGCGAUCACGCAGGAGCAGACGGCGUCGGCGCCUUCAACGACGGCAGUGAACAGUUCGUCGGUGGCGACUUCGCCGAAGACCUGGACGAAGACUUCUUCGGCUUCCGCGAGCUCGGGCUCGCCGAAGAACUGGGUCUGGAGAACCUCUCUGUACCUCUCCACCUGCUACAAAACCGCAUGCACAGCGCCUAUCAAGCCGCGCACCAAGGCCCCGCAUCCACUACUGGCCUCGUCUUCCCACAACCAGAUCCCUACGAACCCAUCACCAUCGACAACGUCGGCGCGCAGGUCGGUCUGGUGCAAGAUUUCUUCCGCGAGAAACUGCACGCGAACCACGAGGACGCGCUGGUGGAAGACGAAGAUCUACCGCAGAAGCAGCGAUUCCCGAAACCUCGCUUACCGCCUACAGGCAAGAUUUCCAGCCCCCGCAAACGGCCUAUACGAGAGCAGCAGCAGGCGGCGAAGAAGAAGCGGAAGAUGGAGGAGAGCGGCAAGGCGGGAGGCGUGGAGGUGGCGCCGAUCGGGAAGUUGAAGCUGGAGGCGAGUGUGGGGAAGGGGGUUAAUGGGGUGCAAGAGCCGGAGAAGAAGAGGGAAAAGGGUGGGGAAGAGAUGGAGGUUGAUAGGGAGGUGAACGGGGGUGGAGGGGAGGUUAAUGGGGGUGCUGGAGGUGGGACGAUGAUUAGUCCGGAGAGUUUGGCGCCGAACUAG